ACUUUUUUUCUCUUCAGGGCUAAAGAAUAUGAGAGUGUAAUGGAAACCAAAAAUUCUGGCUCUGAUUCACCUUAUAAAGCAAAGCUUCAGCGAUUAGCCAAAGAUCUUCUAAAACAACUACAAGUACAAGACAGUGGCUCAUGGGCAAACAAUAAGGUUUCUGCUUUGGAUCGGACCCUAGGCGAGAUCACUAGAAUAUUAGAAAAAGAGAAUGUGGCAGAUCAGAUUGCAUUUCAAGUUGCUGGUGGAUUAACAGCCAUUGAACAUAUUCUUCAAGUAGUGGUCCCAACCACAAAUGUGAACACAGUUUCACGAAUCCCUCCUAAGUCUCUCUGCAAUGCAAUCAAUGUUUACAACCUCACCUGCAAUAACUGUUCAGAAAACUGCGCUGAUGUUCUGUUUAGUAACAAGAUUACCUUUUUAAUGGACCUCCUGAUACACCAGUUGACGGUUUAUGUUCCAGAUGAAAAUAAUGCUAUUUUGGGAAGGAAUACAAAUAAACAAGUUUUUGAAGGCUUGACAACUGGACUUCUCAAAGUCAGUGCUGUGGUUUUGGGCUGCCUGAUUGCCAAUCGACCAGAUGGAAACAGCCGGCCAGCUACACCAAAAAUAUCGACACAGGAAAUGAAAAACAAACCCUCACAUGGUGAUGCUUUUAACAGUCGAGUUCAGGAUCUUAUCAGCUACGUGGUGAACAUAGGUCUGAUUGACAAAUUGUGUGCCUGUUUCCUCUCGGUGCAAGGCCCAGUGGAUGAGAAUCCCAAGAUGGCCACAUUUCUACAGCAUGCUGCAGGACUCUUACAUGGAAUGUGCACACUGUGCUUUGCUGUCACUGGAAGGUCAUACAGCAUAUUUGACAAUAACCGCCAGGAUCCCACAGGGCUGACAGCUGCUCUUCAGGCCACAGACCUGGCUGGAGUUCUGCACAUGCUCUACUGUAUCCUCUUCCAUGGUACCAUCUCGGAUCCCAGCACUGCCAGUCCCAAGGAGAGUUACACCCAAAACACCGUCCAAGUGGCCAUCCAGAGUUUACGUUUCUUCAACAGCUUUGCAGCUCUUGAUCUGCCUGCUUUUCAGUCUAUUGUAGGGGCAGAGGGUUUGUCCCUUGCAUUCCGGCACAUGGCCAGCUCCCUGCUGGGCCACUGCAGCCAAGUCUCCUGUGAAAGCCUCCUUCAUGAGGUCAUCGUCUGUGUGGGCUACUUCACUGUCAACCACCCAGAUAACCAGGUAAUCGUGCAGUCUGGCCGCCACCCGACAGUGCUGCAGAAGCUCUGCCAGUUGCCCUUCCAGUAUUUCAGUGACCCACGGCUGAUCAAAGUGCUGUUCCCCUCGCUUAUUGCUGCUUGUUACAACAACAGUCAGAACAAGAUCAUUCUGGAGCAAGAGAUGAGCUGUGUCUUACUGGCCACUUUCAUUCAGGAUUUUGCACAGACUCCAGGCCAGGCAGAUAACCAGUCUAACCAGCCCAAAGGGAAAUGCCUGGGCUCCCAAGACUAUCUUGAACUGGCUAACAGAUUUCCUCAGCAGGCCUGGGAAGAAGCACAACAGUUUUUCUUGAAAAAAGAGAAAAAAUAAAUGUUUGGGUUGGUUCUGUAUUUGAGUACCCUUGUUAAUAUUUUAAAUUGUUCAUACAAACAUCCUAACUAUUCUGUAUGAAGUUCAUUUUCACUUGUUUAUACUCUCCUCCCACUCUGUAGAUAUGGUAUGUACUUUACACUAUUUAUAAUGAUUGUAGAUACUUUAAUGUUAUACAUUCUGAUUUCGCAAGUUGAGUUUAUUUCAUGUGCACAAAAUGCACAGUAUCCUGGAGUUUGGUAAUAUACUUUGCAUUUGUAAUCUGGGUGAAAUUAGGCAUAAAAUUAGCAAGUCUGUUUUGUUCUUAUAAUAAAAUAACAUUGUUUUCAUUGUUGACUUUCAUGUUAAGAAAAUGCAAAUCUAAAAUAAAAAUGUUAACUCCAACUCCUGAAGUACCUUAAUUAAAGACUUAGGGUUUGCCUACUC